AUGGGUUUAGAAAAUAACUUUGUGCAGGCAGCCAUUCCAUAUUUUGACGGUCAUUACGACCACUGGAGCAUGUUGAUGGAGAAUUUUCUGCGAUCCAAAGAAUAUUGGCCAAUCGUAGAAACUGGUGUUGGAGAACCUGAAAAUGUCGAAACCUGGACGAAAGUUGAAAAAACAGACUUGGAAGCGAGACGGCUGGAGGAUUUAAAGGCGAAAAAUUAUCUCUUUCAAGCGAUUGAUCGUCCCAUCUUGGAAACUAUUCUUUGCAAAGAAACUUCCAAAGAUAUUUGGGAUUCUAUGAAGAAGAAAUAUGAAGGCUCGACGAGGGUGAAGCGUGCACAACUUCAAGCCUUGAUAAGGGAUUUUGAAACACUUCAGAUGAAAGAUGGAGAAUCAGUCACUAGCGUUUGUGCUAGAACUAUGGAGAUUAGCAACAAAAUGCGUUUCCAUGGCGAGAAGAUGGGAGAUGUCACCAUCGUGGAGAAGAUAUUGCGUUCCCUAACACCAAAAUAUGAUUAUGUUGUAUGUUCCAUUGAAGAAUCAAAGAACAUAGAUGCACUUUCUCUCGAUGAAUUGCAAAGUUCAUUGUUGGUCCAUAAGCAAAAGAUGAACCGAGGUUCAACAGUAGAGGAGAAGGCCCUAAAGGCUUCUGCUAAUACUCAUUUCUCUAGUUAUAGAGGAAGGGGUAGAGGUAGAGGAAUUAAGGGGAGAUCGAGGUGGAAUAUAUGGAGGAGGAAGAGGAGAUCGAGGCGGUAG